AGCUCGUACGUCGCUACCGUCUGCAAACGGACGAAUACAUCUCAAAGAAAGAAAAGAACACCCUUCAUAAAUUACUCUUCUCUGCCGUUUCUGCUGCAUAUCGCAAAUCAAAGGAGGAGCGAGAGAACGAACCACACCGUGCUGCGGUACCGCAAAGCCUUUGAAAAACAUUUUUCGGCGUUUUUGUUCUUGUUUUCGUGACAAUUGUAUUUAUUUGUUCCUCGAACUCUCUUUUCCCCACCACUUCUCUGUGCCGCGAUGCUGCUCUCCAAUCAGUCGAUUGAGAUCAAGAAGAGCGUGGAUGAUGUUUGGCCGGUGGCGGGCAAGCGCGUGCUGAUCCGCGUGGACUUCAAUGUUCCGACGAGCUCCGGCGACAUCGACGAUGACUUCCGCAUUCGCAGUGCGAUUCCCACGAUUCGCCGCAUCGUGGACCAGGGGGGCAUCUGCAUCCUCAUCAGCCAUCUGGGCCGACCCACCGGCGUCGACUACGACGCGGCGACGGCGGAGCAGGACAAGCGCCGGGCACCAAUACUGGUCCCCAACACAAAGGGAAAGACGGCGUUCUUCUCCGGUCUCAACGGAGACGCAAAGGCGACGAUCUUGGCGUGGUCGAGCCAGCACGAGAAGGCGGCCUCGCUGUCCACCGCGUACGGCAGCGGCAAGACGGCGAUCUUUGCGCGCCUACCCGAGGACGAGAAGCGCCGUCUGCUUCUUCGUUUCAUGAACGAGCGCAAGGAGGAACUGUUUCCGCAGCUGGGGUUUGCUGCGGGCUACGAGAAGGAGCUCAGCCUGCAGCCGGUGGCGGUGAAGUUGGCGGAGCUGCUGGAUCAACACGUCUACUUUGGUCACGACUGCCUCGGUGCGAAGAGCGACAUUGCGAAGUUGCGCUGCGGGGAGGUGAUGCUCCUGGAGAACCUGCGCUUUUACACGAACGAGAACUCGCCGGACGAGCAGAAACGGAUGCAGAUGGCGGGCAUCUUGGCUUCCUACGCUGACGUCUACAUCAACGACGCCUUCGGCACGGCGCACCGCGACAGCGCCAGCAUGACGGGCAUCCCGAAGGUACUCCAGCAAGGUGCGGCGGGAUACCUCAUGGAGAAGGAAAUCUCGUACUUUUCAAAGGUGCUGAACAACCCGCCGCGGCCGCUUCUGGCCAUCAUCGGUGGCGCGAAGCUGAGCGAUAAAACGCAGGUGCUGGAGAACCUGCUGGACUGCGUUGACUCACUAUUUAUCGGUGGCGCCCUGGCGUACACGUUCUUGAAGGCGCAGGGCCACAGCAUCGGCUCCUCGCACUUCGAGGACUCCUGCAUGUGCUUCGCCAAACGGUUUCUGUUGCUGGCGGCGGAGCGGCAGGUGAAGGUGACGCUGACGGAGGACCACGUUUGCCACGCCCACUUGCGUCCGGCCGACGCACCGCUCACGACGACCAGUGCGGAAAUCCCGGACGGGUACGCCGCGCUGGAUAUUGGUCCGCAGACGAUCCAGACCGUCUCCCACUUGGUGAAGCAGUGCCGCAGUGUGAUUUGGAACGGGCCGCUGGGUAUGUUUGAGAUGCCGUUUUACGCCUUUGGCACCUUCUCGGUGGCACGCGUGGUCAGCCAGUGCUCGGCGGCCAAAGGCACCAUUAGCAUCGUCGGUGGCGGCGACACGGCCAGUGCGAUGAUGAAGUCGGGGGAGGCGGCGCACAUCUCGCACAUCUCCACCGGUGGCAACGCGUCGUUGGAGCUGCUGGAAGGCAAGGUGAUGCCUGCCGUGGUGGUGCUGGACAACAAGGAGUAG